AUGUCAAGUCAAAUCUGGAUCAUCGUGGCCGUUAUCGCUCUGUGCUGCGUCUCCUCAUCGCUCCUGACUGCAAGUGGAGGAUUUGGGCUCUAUCAGUACAACAAGACCCACUCGACAACACCAUGGUCCUGCAUCUACGUCCCGACCAUCAAGAUGUACACCGUUGCACGAUCAACCAGAACAACGCCGAGUGCAUGUACAACACUGACGCAGACGCUGAAUCUCGAUAUUUACACCUGCGGACCCAACUCGACCAACUACAAGCUCUGGAACCGCACAGGCUACGAAGCAGCGAACGACCCGUGUGAUGUCAUUUUGAACAGUGACAAUCGCUCGAUCGUCAAUAUGCUCUUUGCACCGAGCACAACCUCCAUCAACUCGGCAUACCCACCACCUGCGGCUACUUCUUGA